AUGCCUCCAUCACAUACCCCUACUGUCAAUUAUCAAGAGCACUUUGGAAUUGAUAACAAUACUAGGAGAAGACGUACAACCAAUCCGUUUGAUCAAAAUAAUGUUACCCCCAUUCAGAGUAUGUUAUCAUUAGCUGGAGAUACACAAGAUGAUUUCGAUUCAACCACAGGCACAGAAGAUUUAAGUGAAGGAGAAGAAGAAGGAGAAGACGAAUCCGAAGGUGAUCCUGUCAUUGAAGAUUUAGAAAACCUGGACGAGGAUAUAGGUUUGGACGAUGUUGCAGUUGAAGCUACCAUGGAUAAUACACCAUUAUUCGACCCUGCCGCUCUCGGGCUGAAAGAAAUCGGAAACUUGGCUAGCUGGACUGUUUCUAGUAGUAAACCUGGUUGUGGAGUUCUUGCACUCCGGGACGAUGACACAAAUUUGUUCUGGCAAUCCGAUGGACCCCAGCCUCAUUACCUUAACAUUCAUUUUGCCAAAUUUGCAAAGAUUCGAGCCAUUCGAAUAUUCCUUGAUUUCGAAGCCGAUGAAUCUUAUACUCCAACACGUAUCCAGUUGCUUGGAGGCACAGGCUACCACGAUCUAAUUCCGUUUUCUGAACUAUCGUUUGUUCAACCGAAAGGUUGGAUUGAUGUCAACCUUGAUCACGUAGGAGGAGGCUCAGAUGGAAAAACACUACGCGCAUUCAUUAUACAAGUCAAGGUGUUGGAGAAUCACCAGAAUGGCAAGGAUACACAUGUUCGUGGACUGAAGAUAUAUUCUCACGACGAACGUCAUGAAUCUCCUCCGCCAUCAUAUCUCGAUGAGGAGGAGGAUGAUACAUGUUCUUCGAUCGAUCCGAAAGAAUUUGGAGGGCCUGACGAUGAUUUGAAGCGCGGAGAUGUAGGUGAUGAUGAUCAAUUCUGGAAGGAUUUUACGCAGGCAAAAAUGGGUGGACACAAGAUGCCGGACCUGAGUGGUUUGAGUGAGCCUGGGUUCAUGUCCGAGCCAGAACUUCGUUGA